UGACCGGAGAGUUGAAACGGUUUAUUGAGAAGCUAACGUGCAUUCGGAAGACCUGAGUGCUGUAUGGGACACUAUGGAGCGAACCACAACUGUACUAACUGCCUUUGGAUUUUUACUUCUCAGUGUCAGCUCGGCCCCAACCACACAGCAACGAGAUGUCGACAUCUACAGUUUCCACAUCAACUCUACGGUGAACAGCCGCUACGCCUUUACAGUCAUCACAAGCCGUGUGGCCAACCGACUCAACGAGUCCAAAGAAGUUCAUUUCGAGGUCAAAAUACCAAAAAAUGCCUUCAUCAGCAAAUUCAGGAUGACCAUAGAGGGAAAGACGUACGAUGGAGUGGUGAAGAAGAAAGAAGAGGCGCAGCAGCAGUACAGUCAAGCAGUAUCUCGAGGAGAAAGUGCCGGGAUUGUCAGCUCAGUAGGACGGACUCUGGAAGAGUUUAAAACCUCAGUGACGGUGUCGGCUUUCAGUAAGGUGACCUUUGAACUCACUUACGAAGAGCUGCUAAAGCGACGCCUUGGCAAAUACGAGUUACGAAUCAACGCCCAGCCGACGCAGACUGUGGCGGAUUUCAAGAUUGACGUCUAUAUUAACGAGCAUCCAGGUAUUUCCUACCUGGAGGUUAAAGGAGGGCUGAACACUCAGGAGCUGUCCAGUGCUGUAAUCAGUACUCUGGCCGCGUCCACCAACGAGGCCUGGGUGAGCUUUUACCCCACUCGUGAGCAGCAGACAAAGUGUGAAGCUUGUGGAGAAAAUGGACUAAACGGAGACCUGCUCGUUGUGUAUGACGUGAAGAGACCGAAACAGAAUGGAGAACUGAAGGCGUCAAGCGGCUAUUUCGUCCACUACUUUGCACCCACAGAUAUUCAACAAAUCCCCAAAAAUGUGGUGUUUAUCAUCGAUCGAAGUGGCUCUAUGCAUGGCAGGAAAAUGGCUCAGACUCGCUUGGCUAUGUUGAAGAUUUUGGGAGAUCUCGCUCUGGAUGACUACUUUGGCCUGAUAAUCUUUGACUCGGCAGUAGAUGUCUGGAAAGCUGAACUCCUCCAAGCCAAAGAGAUUAACCUAAAGCAAGCAAAGGACUUUGUGAACAGCAUUAGCGAUCGAGGAGCCACGGACAUCAACGCUGCAGUGCUGAAGGGGGUCGAAAUGAUCACGAAAUACCCCCGAAAGGGCUCUGCCUCCAUCCUCAUCCUGCUCACCGAUGGAGACCCCACUUCAGGUGAAACAAACACAGCGAGAAUUCAGGAAAACAUCAAAGUGGCCAUCGGAGGUAAAUUUCCACUUUACUGCCUGGGGUUUGGUUUCGAUGUGAACUUUGAUUUCUUGGAGAAAAUGGCGCUGGAAAAUGAUGGAGUUGCUCGCAGGAUCUACGAGGACUCGGACGCUGACCUCCAGCUCCAGGGUUUCUAUGAGGAAGUGGCCACGCCGCUCUUAACCGACGUCCAACUGAACUACAUCGGAGCAGCGAAUCUCACCCAGACCAGCUUCAGGCAGUAUUAUAACGGCUCGGAGAUCGUGGUGUCUGGGCAAAUCACAGACAACAGCCUGGAGACUUUACAAACCGAGGUCAUCGCAAUCUCGAAAAACGCGAACGUGAAGUAUCAGGACUCCGUUUCGACUAAAGACCUCAUCGAUGUUUCACCACAACAUGAAAACUUCAUCCAGAGACUGUGGGCUUAUCUCACAGUGAAGCAGCUCCUGGAGAAAGAGGUGACGCUCAAAGGAGACGAGAAAGACGCAGCCAGGAAAAAAGCUCUGGAUCUCUCUCUCAAAUAUGAAUUUGUGACUUCACUCACCUCCAUGGUGGUCACUAAGCCGCAGGAACAGGAGACACAGGUGGCCCACAAACCCAAAGAAGGGGCGGAGCGACCCACAGACCACCAUCAUGUGCAUAGCCUGCUGAUUCCAUGGGGUGUCGGGCAUCAGGGGAGUUAUGCAGCAUUCCCAAAUCUUCAGCAUAAACCAGGUCUACCAGGUCGACCAGGUCCACCAGGUCUACCAGGUCUACUAGGUCUACUAGAUCCACCAAAUCCAGCUGGUCCACCACCUCGAAUAGCUUUCCUAGAAGACACCGUCUAUGAAUUCGAAGCUGAAGCCUUAGUACCAGAACAACCCCUGGCAACAUUCAUCAGCCAGACUGAAACCCCGCCCACCACUACGCCUUCAGUGAGAGGGGUGAGGCUCUUAAUAUCUGCUCAGCCAAAACAGAUCUGUUAUGACGCACCUGUCGGCCAGAAACUCCGCCUCCUUUUGGACAGCUCAUCAGACGUCUCCAUAAACGGCCAACUCUCAGAUAAAGGCUUCGAGUUAGUUACUAUUCAUUACAAAACAGCGAAGCUUCUCGUCAGCCCUGCCAAAAGUGUCUACUCCGAUCGAGGGAACAGUGUGAAGUUUGUAUGGGGGCAGCCGGAGCCCAGCAGGCACGAGACAGACGGCGUGUCGAUAUUUCUAAGAACCAACGAAUUAGACGUCACCUUGGGAUCUGUGCGUGUCGUUUUCCUCCUUCAUAAGAAGGCUGGGGAAGUUUUCCUCUGGCCUGUUGUUCAUCAACAACCGAAGAACGCUAAUGUGCAAGGCAUUCUGGCAACGUCUGAUCUUCAGUAUGAGGAGCUCCAAGGAUCAACGCUCAAAAUCCAGGACCAGGAAGUUGGGGCAUUCCAGAGCUCUGCCGUCGACUACAGAUUUCCUGCAGCCCCAACUGUGGAGUGCUGGCUUGUACCGUUCCAGUCUGCCCUGCAGGGGGAGCUUUCUGACUUCACUGUCUCCCAGCUGUAGAGUUCAGCGCUAUGUAUCUGACUCUGAUUUUCAGCUUGAACGCUAAAUCACCAUUGAUUCUAAAUUCCGUAAAACUCUUGUCUCAGUUGCAACACUGUAAAGUUCUCUGGAUCUUUACUGUAAAGUUCCAAGCGGACAAACACGACUACAUUGUCGAUCUGUAUUAGAGGUGGACCGAUAGUGGAUUUUACCCAUACCGAUAACUAAGUCGGGCGGUACCGGCCUGCCGAUAACCGAUUAAUUGACCGAUAGCUUUUAAAACCGAUACUAAAUAAAAACCUGACACUCAAAGUAAAAUAAUGCUGAACUUUAUUACAGAAAUAAACAGUACUGACUGCA